AUGUCGACACUACCAAGCGCAGCUGAAGAGCAGCCCUACGAGCGAGUCAAGGCAUACCUCGAAGAUUUCAAACUGUACCGUCAAGGCCAAAAGACCGUCGCUCCCCGGGACUUCGACCAGCUCUUCCGAUGCCAGAUCUCGCGGGCAGACUGGCGCAAGCUACAAGAAGAUCUGCGUAUCCACGACGACGAUGAGCGUAAUCCGUUCAGCCGUUGCAAAUUUUCAUACCAUGCCUCGACGUCGACGCUCAUUAUCCAAUGCAACCCCCCAACGCCGGUACAUGAAGUGGCGGUUGAGUUCCUCAAUACUUGUUUGAGUGCGGCGGUCAAUCCCCUACAUGUCACGGUCGCUCAAGGCCGAGGGCAGCAGCUCGAUGACGAAGAUGCAGAUGAGGCAAAAGUUGGAGAUCUUACAAUUUACCAAGAAACCCCCAAAGGUUUGAAGGCCAGAUGGGUUCUUGAAGUUGGAUUCUCUGAAACCUACGAUGAGCUCCUUGAAGACAUACAAACAUGGCUGAUGGCAAAGCAGGCUGAGGUCGUCUAUGGGGUCUUGAUGAAAAUUACAGAGGAGCCCAAAUACCGUUGUCCUUUACUGAACAUUCCCUCCGAGGAACUCGAGGCUCGCAGGCUAAAGAGUCGUGGGGAUAUAACCAGACAAGACUUCGUGAUGGAGGGAGAAUACGGCCCAUCGUCGUACCAGGGCGAUCGCUGGGCAGGACAAAUCAAAGAGGUCUUCUGGGAAGUCUGGAAACUCAACCCAGAAACGCGAAAGCCAGAGCUCGUUGGUCAACGAGAUAUUAUUGUUCCAAAGACCAACUCCUCGCCCAAGAUUCCACUCCACGAGUUUCUGACAACCGAACCAGCCAACGCACAAGUUUCGCCAGACUGGGAUGUGUUCCGAGCUCUUUUCAAGCGCAACAUUCGAGAGCUGGCCAUGCACCGAUACAAAGAGUGGAACCGUAGACUUGCAAAGGAAGGUGGAGAUGACAGAGGGACAGACCCGGACUUUGCGUGA